AUGGCUCCGAAGCGAAGCAGGAAGAUCCAGAAUGAGACUCAGAUCAUGGAAGGAGAGUUCGGGAAGUAUUUUUCUUCGAAUCUCGACAAUAAAAAGCUGGUUCUGCUUAAAGGUGCCUGCCAGAUCCCUCGGCGAGUGUCCUUGAUUACUCCAGGACCGACAGAUUCUCCGGAGUCUCCACCUACCGGUCACACUUGCGCUUUUGAAAUUUUCUUUUCGGAAUGCGGGCUAUCUUUUCCGCUUCCCGGCCUUUUGGUCGAAUUGAUGCACGAGUUCGGAAUCGCACUUCCUCAACUAUGUCCAAAUGUAGUUAGGACCGUCCUGUGCCUCCAGACCCUUGCAGAGGAAAAUGGAUACCGUAUCACGCUAUCCGACGUACUCCAUCUUUAUACAGUAAAGAAGGGGCGAACUCCGGGGACGUUUUUCCUCAGUCCUCGGAGUAAAUUCAGAGUCUUCGGGGAUUUUCCCGAAAAGGACGAGCAAUGGAGAAAGUCCUACUUCUUCUUUGCUGUAGACGAAUUUUCUUAUGGUCCAAACACGGAUUAUUUCGUUCGUGAAUGGACUCGUCGUCCUGCUAAACCUCCGAAGAAAACGCUUUCUCAUAUUUUUGCGGGGCAAUUCGUAAAGAUUUGCAAUAGCAGCGACCUGUUGUGGGAAUUGUUCACUUGCGAACGCAUCCGGAGUUCGUGUGCUCGAAUUGUCUCGCGAUCCGACCUCAUUUCCUCCACUCCUCCCUCCUCCCCUACUGUCGCUACUAACAUGUCUCCACUUUCCUACCGCGAAGAGAAGAGGCUCCAAAAGGAAAGGGAAAAAGCGAGAGAAGCGAGAGAGAAAGAAGAUAAGGCCAGGAUGGUGAAGGCCUUGGAUGAAGGGAAGUCCAGAUCUUCAUCUGGUAAAGGGAAGAACUCGGGUACCGUAGAUCCGAUUUCCGAAUCGAAGACAUCUGAUCACCGUGAUCUGAAGAAGGUGUCUUCGGGAAAAGACCUAAUCCGGAUCUCGGAUUCUCGCUCCUCCCGAUCUUCUCGGGAAAAAGAAACUUCCGAAGGAGGUCAUAGUGCAACCUCCUCAAGGAAACGCAGGAACGAGGAAUCUGAAGUUCCUUCCCUCCAACGCAAGAGUCGUUCUCGUCUGAACGACGAGAAAAAUCCUUCCGAGGAUGCUGGGACCAGUCUGGGAUCAAAACCAGAAGAAAAAGAAGAUCCACAACGGGCCCCGGAGUCCGACUUGCCAACUCAGCUUCUUGUCCUGCCUUCGCGGGACUCUGAGAACCGGGAAUCCGUCUGUCAGGAGAUUUCGAUCCCCACUGGUAAGUAG